UGCACCCAGUUGUCUCCAGCAUGGGGGAACCGAACCACUCUCCCGGGAAGGAGCUUCAGCACUGGACGCGAGCAGAGACUCCUGGAAAGAAAAGCUGGCAUUCCCAGGCCUAUGCCCUUGGGGCCAUUUCCAAUUUUAUGUCUACUUUUCUGACCUUUCCUAUUUAUAAGGUUGUAUUCCGGCAACAGAUCCAUGCUGUGGCGGUGUCAGAGGCUCUGCGACAGCUUUGGCAAGAAGGCCCCCAAUACUUCUACCGGGGAAUCUACCCGCCUCUUCUCUCCAAGACAUUGCAAGGGACUCUACUAUUUGGGACUUAUGAUAGCCUGCUGUGCUCUCUCUCCCCUGAGGGACCACACUCUCUGGGACACCGCUGGGCUGCAGGGCUCAUGUCUGGUGUGGUGGAGGCUGUGGCACUCAGCCCCUUUGAAAGGGUGCAAAACGUGCUCCAGGAUGGUCGCAAGCAAGCUCGCUUCCCUACCACCUUCAGCAUUCUCAAGGAAUUCAAUUCUUAUGGGCUUUGGGGGCGGCUAUCGCUGGGGUACUAUCGUGGUUUCUGGCCUGUCCUUCUCAGGAACAGCCUGGGGAGUGCUUUGUAUUUCUCCUUCAAGGACCCCAUCCAGGAUGGCUUGGCAAAACAAGGCCUACCUCACUGGGUCCCUGCCAUGGUGUCUGGCAGUGUCAAUGGAACAAUCACCUGCCUAGUUCUCUAUCCUCUGAUUGUACUAGUUGCCAAUAUGCAGUCCCAUAUUGGCUGGCAGAGCAUGCCCAGCCUGUGGGCCUCUGCCCAGGACAUGUGGGAAACUCGGGGCCGAAAGGUGUUCCUGAUCUACCGUGGAGGAUCCCUCGUCAUCCUAAGGUCCAGUGUGACAUGGGGCCUCACUACCGCUAUCCAUGACUUCCUUCAGAGGAGGUCUCAUUCCAGGAAAGAGCUGAAAGACUGACUAGCUUCAGAAAGUGUGACCAUGGCAACUUUGUUAUUCUAAGUCUUCUUGGGUUGGUCUAAAUAGCUUACUUCUUUGGCUUGGUUAUCUAAUACAAUCAUUCUUAGGAUAUUUGAACUGUCAGUGCACUAGAGAAGUUCCCAACCACCAACCUGUUGGGAACAGACAAAGCCUAGUAUCCUUCCUUGGUCAGAAAGAGAAAGUCACUCCUGCCAGUCCACAGCUUCAACAGCCUUGGACUUAGGAGGCCUAUAAAUAACUUGUCAACCAGAUGAAAUGUCAUUUCUUUAAGGAAUUCUUUGAUAAUAAGAGGAAAGUUUCAAAGAACUUUAAUUAGGCACUGUGAGUUUUGGGACCCCUCUUGUUCUCUGGAACAAACUGAGUGGAGGACCAGGAACUCCAAGUUCAAAGAACUAAGCUUGACUCUUACGAUGGGGAUUGCAUAGAACUUCUCAAAUGGCUAUAUUUUCAUGACAUUGUUCACUACACCUGUCACCACUACUCUCAUUUCUCACAACUAUGGGUAGCUUCAGGGUGGCAGUUGUAGCUGGGAAUUCUAAAUUAGACUUGUUUCAAUUGAUUAGGUGCCAAAAGAACUGUUGAGCUGGAAGUGGCAGUGGGGAGAGUUGUGGUUCCUGGAUAUAUAGAAAGAAUAGACUUUGAAGGAAGCGAUUUAGUUGCAUGUAAAGUAGAAAAAAAUUACCAUAUAUUGCUUGGAAUUAUCUGCAGAGACAUUUUUGUUAGCAAAGCAAUGGCAUUGCCUAAAAACCACUUUAGUUUCCCUAAGAAAUCAUCACAGAUCAUUGCAUAUUUUAUUGCUGUCGAUAUAGUCACUGUGACAUAAAUUAAAGAUCAGAAAUCUUAGCCUGUAGUUCAGAGCCAUUCAAAGUAUAGUACUCAUAACUUUUAGCAUUUCAUCACACCACUCUCACUUACAUAGAUUUCAUAUACCAGCCAAACUGAACUAUUGUUUUCUCCCCCAAAAUGCCCCAAACUUUACCAUGGCCAUACUUUGGCCCACACUUAUUCUCUUCACCUCCAGUGUCCCUUCUCCACAUGCCAGUCUGCCAAAAUCCUUCCAGAACCUCAAAGUCCAGCUUAGAGGCCACCUUCUCUGUGGCGCCUCUCCUGAUUACGCACAACUGAAUGUGAUGGUAGUCUCUUGUGAUAACUUAAUAUAUGGCGCUGAUUCCAUUAUGUUACUAAUGUCAUGUGGCCCUGUGUUCUUGGUGUUCUUCAAUACCUCCUACUAGACUGUAAAACUCCUAGAAGGCAGGGAUUCUUGUACACAUGUUUAAAUCUUCUAUUGUGCCUAGGUGCUCAAUAAUGGUUGAAUUAUUGAAUUGAUUAUCAAACUGUGAUAUGGUCUUUAUCCUCAGGGAGCUGUCUCUUGUACAUGAAGAUAAUGUCACCAACUCACUCUCAGCAAGAGACAUACUUUUGGGGUGUGAUUUUGUUUUCUUUUACAGUGGGGUCCUUGACUUACAAGUUUAAUUCGUUUGGAGACCGCGCUCGUUAAGGAGCUCGUUAAUUCAAAUUACUCUAUCAACUCAAUGCAAAAAAUCGGCCAAGAGACAGCUGGUAUCUCAAAAAACUCAUUAGUCGGGACACUCAUAAGUCAAGGCCCCACUGUAUUAGUAUAUUUAGUUUUGUGUUAAUGUUGCUGCUGCUGAUAAUAAUGAUAAUAAAUGGCUUUCAACUGGAACAUUUGACCAGUUUGUUAUUCAUGGUAUGUUUGCUAUUAGCAACACUUUAGGAACUGAAAUUUCACUAACAGAAACAUAUUGCUUAACAGUCUCUUUAAUUUCAGCUGGAAUUUUGAGGAUUUCCAAGAUGACAUAUGUUGCAGUUGUCCCCUGAUAGAUAUGAUAAUGACCUCCACUUGCACAUCCAUACCCAACUGAAUUCGUCAUUUGUAAUGACAUGAUUGUAGAUCCUUGUAAUGAGAAUUCCUCACUGAAUAUCACAAAAACUAGACACCACUGUAGGUAAUACGAAAUCAGAGAGCAUUUGCCAGCAAGAUCAACAGAAAAUGGCUUGUCCAGAAUAACUGCAGAUGAGUUCCCACGUCUGAUCCCAUACAGACUUAGAUGGGAUAGGGCAGUACUCUUCCUAUAGACUAAAGGAGGGAAAACACAGUCUGCACAAGUGACAGCAAAAUAGAACAGCAGCUAGUUAUAUUUCAAGGCUAGCUCAGAAGAAAGAAACUAUUAUUUAUAAAAAUUCGUAACUUACCUAUGACUUUGGUUUUUAAGCUGAAAAGGAAAGGAUACAUUACUGUAUCUACCCACGUUUUUAUGCAAGAGAUGCAUUUAUUUCCAACUAUGCUGUCAAUUUCCACGUAAGUCACUGCCAGUAUAUGUCUCUUUCUUCAUUUUAACUUAUCUAGAAACUAUUUCAAACUUUUAAAAAAUUGCCAGCAUAACUAAAGUAUAUAGAACACUCCCAUGCUCUUUACCCAAAUUUACCUACUGUUAACAUUAUUUACAGUUGCUUUAUUAUUUGAGACUUCAUUCUCUAGCUACACACACACACACACACACACACACACACACGACAUUUUUCCUGAACUAUCAAAGAGUUGUAAUUGUAGUAUUUCUAGAUUCAAUGUUUAUAGAAUCAAAUUAUUUUAAAAAGACUGUUUUAUCUCUAUGUUAAUGGCACAGUUAUUAUAGAAUAUUA